UCGUAUAACGGCACAUGUUUGGUUCAUUGUACGAGACGAUUUCCUGCAAACAGUGAAAUACAACUGCAGUGACAUCCCCCAUACGAAGCUUAAUUACCUCAAAACACGUUUAAAAGAAUGGACUGACAAAACCAAGGAAACGUCAGGAAAUUGGCAGGAAAAAGCUCUGUCUUCAAAGAAGAAAAGCUACUAGCUAAGCACAGCGAGAUUUACAGCAUAAACGACGCCUAAACGUGAAUAAUAAAGCGACAAAAACCAUACAAAGCAUGUCAAACAGAAAAUUGAACGCAAACACCGAGCUUUAAUCAGCGUUGAGCGGGAGGCAUGUGGAUCGCCGAAAGCUCGAGAAAUCUCUUCAUUCAAAUAGCUCUUUUUCUUGUUUAUAUAUUUUUGGGAGCUGUCGUUUUUCAAGCGUUGGAGUCUCACAAUGAAGAGGAGGAACGCAAAGCGAUGCUCUUGGCGCGAGAUCGCUUUCAGGAGAAGUAUAACAUUUCUCAAGAUGACCUGAAAUUUUUCAUCGAUCAAAUCGAGCAGAUAGCGGAUCACGGGUUUAGCCAACACUGGAUGAAACGAUGGACAAUUUUGGGUUCGUUGUUUUUCGCAGGAACCGUUGUGACUACGAUAGGUUAUGGUCACGUGACGCCUUGCACAGAUGCAGGCCGUAUAUUCUGCAUCUUCUAUGCCUUAGUCGGAAUACCGCUGACCUGGCUCAUGCUAUCAACAUUGGCGCAAUACAUCAACGCGUGUAUUGGCCGAGUUCUGGAAUGUUGCUACGAACGAGUUCUUCGACGAAACCCGGUUGGAAUUGAGAUUAAGUCUGCAGUAAUCACACUCGCAAUUAGUGCGUCUAUGAUUUUAAUCAUUGCGUUGUUCGGAUGUUACUUGGAGGACUGGCGCUAUCUGGAUGGGGUCUAUUUUGGAUUUAUAACACUAACAACGAUUGGCUUUGGAGAUUUUGUCCCGCUGCACCCUUCCCCUAACAGAGAUCCCGAGGGAUACAAGUGGCACGUGCUUAUGUUCACAGUCAUGAGUAUUCUUUACUUCACUAUCGGGUUAGCUAUCGUGUCCAGCGUCUUGUUAUCGAUCAGAAACGCCAUGGAAAAGAGGUCACUGUCUGGAUUCCAAGUUCUGAAGGAAUCAGAGGAAGACUAAGACCUAGCAUAAAUUCGGAGAAAACCCUGAAAUACACCAUAGGGACACUGUCAGUAAGAGAAAUGUUUCAAACUCUGAAAACUAGACACUCCUCGUCAUACCUCAAGAUCUGUGAACACUCCAGAAAUGAGUGCCAAUGUAAACUGUCAACAAUUUCAAAAGGAAUUAAAAGUUAUCAGCAACAUCA